AUGAGCACCUUGGCCUUGGUACUCUUGGGGCUUGCCCUGGGGUUUAGGGCCAUUACGGCUAAGCCAGAGGAUGGCAGCUUUUGCUCUAAGAGCCAAGUGGCUUUCAGAGAUGCUUGCUAUGAAUUUGUGCCUCUCGGCCGCACCUUCUAUGGUGCCCAGAGCUGGUGUGAGGAGCAAGUAGGCCAUUUGGUUUUUAUUCAUGGUGAAGCCACCCAGCUAUUCCUGCAGAAGCACCUCACCCAGGACAGGGAACAGUGGAUUGGACUCACAUGGAAAUUGGCUUGGAAUGAUACUACAGAAGGUAGUGGGAUCUGGCUGGACACCUCAAAUGUGAGCUACGGGAUCUGGCGCCGAGGGCAGGAUGCUUCUGUAACCAACCCCUGGGGCUACAAUGGGAGAGACCCUUCCUUUGGGUGGUUGCCCUCGGACAACUGCAUGCAGGAGUUCGCCUUCAUCUGCGAGUUUGGUGUCGGCCAGAGUCUGGCCUGCGAGAACCUCAAUGCCACCAUGCACUGUGGCUCAGGGGAGGUGAUCCAGAUCCAGGGUGCUUUCUAUGGGCGCCAGACUCCCCAUUAUUGCAUCCAGGAUGCUGGGGACCCCUCAGACCUGGAGGAGGAAUGCAACUGGGUCAGCGUCAAGGAUGAAGUGGCAGGUAGGGCCCAAGGGCUCUGUAGCUCUGGCUGCAAGGGGCUGCAGGCCUGCCAGGUGGCAGCAAAUGGGACCUACUUUGGAGACCUGUGCCCCACCUGGGGCAGUAACCUGUGGGUGCAGUACCACUGCCAGGAAGGUGGACUCUCAACCACUGCGCCACCAGGGAAGCCCGAGAGUUUCAUCUUUGACAAUGUCACCAUCUCCCUUACAUGGCUCCUCUGUCCCUACAUUGGAAACCUGUCCUGUAUAAUUAAUAUGGGGGAUGGCCACACUUUCGAUCCCUACUACCCCACAAGUUUGUCCAGCAGCGUUUUCCACCAGUUCACAGCCCCUGGGGAAUUCACUGUGUUUGUCGAGUGUACAACCAGCGAGUGGAACGUGAUAGCUCAGAAGCAACUGACGAUGUGAGACAAGAUGGAGAGGCUCUGUGUGACUGGGUGUUCUGGCCUGUCCACAUCAGGAACCAGCCCUCUCUCCUGGGCAGUCUUCAGGGACCCUCUGUGGAUUCAGGUGGAGCUUGAUGGAGGAACAGGGGUGACUUACACUGUGCUGUCAGGUAACACAACCCUGGCUGAGUUCACCACGCAGAGGGGCCCGCUCCCCUACAGUGUGACCCUGGAUGGAGCAGUCCAGCAACAGAUGGGCCCAGGGAUGCACCACUUGGAGAUCUGAGCCACCAGCAAGACCACCACCUCUGCCCCCUCCAGAAACAUCACCAUCCACUUCGUGGAGCCCCUGUCAGGCCUGCAGGCCUCCUGCUCUGGCAACUUGGAGCUUGGACAGGACCUACUGGUCAAUGUCUCGGCGGCUCACGGUAUCCCGGAGAGGCUGAACUUUGAGGUGGCAGGACUCAAUGCAACCUUCUCCCAUGAGAAAGAGAGCCUUGGGGGGCCAUUUGGGACUUACCACGUGGCAGCUCCUCUUGAAGGCACCUUUCUGGUCACUGUGCUGGUGAGGAACGCCUUCUCAGACUUGAGUUUGAAAAUUGGAAGCAUCACUGUCACAGCUCCUUUCAGUCUCCAAGAACCACCUGGAACAAAGGCUCAGGAAAAGAAUAGAGAUAGAGGGGAUGUGGAGCUGUGCAUGGAACCCGGUCAGUACUUGGAUCCUUUCACGACAGUGACUCUGGGCUGGCCAGAUAGUAACAAGGACUUUCGCUUCCAGUGGGCAUGUGGGCACUGCUGGGCUCAGUGGAGCGACUGUGUUGAGAGGCAGCUGCGCCGCACAGACCAGAGGGAGUUGGUAGUGCCACCAUCCCACCUGCCAACGCCUGACUCUGCUGUUACCCUGCGCCUGGCAGUCUGGAGAGGCCGGGAGCUGGAGAACCUGGAGAAGCAGUGCCUCUGUGUGUCUGACCCCCUGGAACUCAGGCCGCGAGUCAGCUGUGAGGAGAACUGCAGGCCAGUGAAUGCCAGCAGGGGCGUUAUGCUCAAGGUCACCGUGGGGGACAAGUCUGCAGCAGCCGUGUUCAGCCGGUAUUUAGAUGACACCCUGCUGGAGAAGGCCGAGCCCCUCCCAGCAGCCUGCAGACUCCAAGGAUUCUGGCCACGUUCUUUAAUCCUCCUUCAGAGCGACACCCUGCUGCUGAACAGCUCCUUCCUGAGGACCAGCAGCCAGGCCACCGGAACCAGAGUCAGAGCAGUGACCCGGCACGCCUACAGGGAGGGCACCUACGUGAUCAGCUCACUGCCCACCUGUACCACUGCCCCAGAGAAGGGCACUGUUCUGACGAGCUUUGCCAUCUUCUGCAACGCUUCCGCCGCCCUGGGGCUCCUGGAGUACUGCUUCUGCCUGGAGUCAGUGCCCCAGCCAGUGUCCUGUCACCACAACCCACACCCAAGACAGCAGCAGGGCAUCAGCAGGAGAGACGGGGCUGCACGUGGAGGCACUCGUGUGGAGGAUGCGGCAUUCCAGGCCGCAUUGUGGGACAAUGUCACCGCCACUCUGCAGGGCGGGCAUGGCCCUGAGCAGCUCUUCCAGCUGGCCAGGUCUGUGUCAUCCGUGCUGGACCAGCAGUGCCAAGGGCCGGGCUCCGGGCAGCCACUGAGAGAGGACGCCAGCAAAAGAGCACAUCCUCUGUCUGCAGGGUCACUGCCUGCAGUCAGCACCACCUUUGGGGACAUGCAGAAGGUGCAGGAGCUGGCCAAGGCACUGAAAGAGGUGACCUGCCACAGUGAGGAGCUCACGCCCUUGGCCCAGCAGGAGGCCAGCCGGGCUCUGCAGCAUACCAGUGAGGCCCUGUUGGCAGUGAGUGCCGAGGCCCAUCCUGAGGACCAGAGGCACCAGGAGGCCACCGGAGACCUGUUCCAGGCUGUGUGCAGCGUGCUGGAAGCUUCCCUGAGGGACAGACCAGAAGAGCCUGCAGGGGCCAAUGGCAGCCAGGUAGCCAUAGUGCCCCAGCUGCUGGGAGCUGUGGGGCACAUGCAGGCUGCCGUCCUGCGGGGGCGACUGCCCAGGGGCCUUCCAGCCAUGCUGGCCGCCCCCUCCAUCUCCGUGUACACAAACAGAAUACCGCCCCGGAGUUAGCGAGGCUCCCCUGUGCAUGUUGCUGCUGCCAGCUCUGCGAACUUCACCCUGCCCGCUGCCCCCUCCCUUGGCUCCAUGGAGGACGGUAGGGUGCCUGUGGACAUAAGGAUGAAGAGUUUCCCAAAGAACCCAUUCCCAGCGCGAAGUCACUUCGAUGUCAGCGGAACUGUUGGUGGCCUCCCUCUGACCAGCCCUAGUGGACAGCUCAUCCCUGUGAAGAAUUUGUCAGAGGAUAUCGAGGUAGACUUGGGGUGCUCUCAGAAAAGACACAGCGAGCCAACUGUGUUGAACCUGACCAGACCUGAAGCUCUGUGGGUGAACCUGACUUCAGGGGGUGUGGCUUUGGGGAUCCAGCUGCACUGGAGACCUGACAUCCCACUCAUGCUCAGCCUGGGCUACGGCUCCCCCAGCGUGACCAGCGACGACGCCCAAGCUCACCUCCUGCCAACGGCUGUUCCAGAUGGGCUGUCCACAUGGAUCCUGAGCCCAGAGGACCUGCAUUUUGGAGAAGGCAUCUACUAUCUGACUGUGAUCCCCCAGUCCGACCUGGAGCCGGGCCCCGGCAGGGACUUCACAGUUGGCAUCACCACCUUCCUGUCCUAUUGUGUGUUCUGGGAUGAGGUCCAGGGGACUUGGGACAACUCCAGGUGCCAGGUGGGGCCACGGACCACCCGCUCCCAGAUACACCGCCUCUGCCACCACCUCACCUUCUGUGGAAGCACGCUCCUGGUCAUGCCCAAUGCCGUGGACGUCCGCCAGGCCGCUGAGCUCUUUGCCACCUUCGCGGACAGCCCUGUGGUCGUGACCACCAUAGGCUGCCUCUGUGUGGCCUACGUGCUGGUGGUGAUCUGGGUGAGGAGGAAGGACGCUCAGGAUCAGGCCAAGGUGAGGCUGCACAUGAAGGUCACAGUGCUGGAGGACAAUGACGCCUUUGCCCAGUACCACUACCUGGUGACAAUUUAUACCGGACACCGGAGGGGGGCAGCCACUUCCUCAAAGGUGACUGUCACCCUAUAUGGCCUGGAUGGAGAGAGUGAGCCCCACCACCUGUCAGACCCCGACAUCCCGGGUUUUGAGUGAGGAGGAGUGGAUGUGUUCUUACUCUCCACCCUGUUUCCCCUGGGGGAGCUGAGGGGCCUGCGGCUAUGGCAUGACAACUCAGGGGACCAGCCAUCCUGGUACGUAAGCCGGGUGCUGCUGGUGCAUGACCUGGCGAUGGACCGUAAGUGGUACUUCCUCUGCAACUCGUGGCUGUCCAUCAAUGUCGGAGACUGUGUCCUUGACAAGGUAUUUCCAGUGGCCACAGAGCAGGACAGGAAACAAUUCAGCCACCUGCUUUUCAUGAAGACCUCCACAGGCUUCCAGGAUGGCCACAUUUGGUACUCCAUCUUCAGCAACUCAGCUUGGAGCAACUUCACCCAUGCCCACCAGGUGUCCUGCUGCUUCUCACUGCUCCUCUGAACCAUACUGACCACCAUCAUGUUCUGGGGUGUCCCCAAGGACCCAGCUGAGCAAAAGAUGGGCUUGGGUAAAAUCGAAUUCACUUGGCAGGAAGUGAUGAUUGGGCUGGAUGAUUGGAUUGGGCUCCUCACGUUUCCCAACAACCUCCUGAUCGUUCAGAUUUUUUGGAACACCCGUCCUUGGGUAGCCAAGGAGCAGAACGCUGGGAAAUGGGAUGGGGGGGCCCCCAGCCUGGCCCCCUCACCGCAGCCUGUGGAGGAUGCUCUGACACCUGAAGCAGUGACCAAGGAUUUGUGGAGACUCGUCAGCUCCUUGUUCAAAGCUCUGAAGGUGCCACCCCCUUGCUCGGGCUGGGACUUCGCGAACUCAAUGGACAUCAACCAACUGCUGGCCUUGGUGGAAGACGUCGUCUGUCAGCAGAACAAAGCAGGGCAGGUGUUCUGGAAGGAAGCCAGCCAGACAGGGGGCCCUUUAACACUCACUCUUGGGUCUGUGCAAGUGAAAGAAGAAAUGCAGUGCCCCAGGCCCGAGGUGGGCCCAAGAGACGCUGGGAAGGACAGUGCCUACAGGCAGUGUCUCUACCUUCUGGAGCACCUACAGCAAGAGCUGCUGUUGCUGGAGCCCCAGGGCUUUUCCCAGGGCCAAAGCCACACCCAGGCACUGGGGCAGCUGCAGACCCUGAAGGGUUGCCUAGGGGGACAGCCCAGAACCCCGCCUCCAGCACACUCCAGCUCCGGGCAGGCGAGCAAGCCCCCUCGAGGCCUCCCCUGGUGGUGUGUCCUGGUGGGCUGGCUCCUGGUGGCAGCCACCAGCGGAGUGGCAGCCUUCUUCACCAUGCUCUAUGGCCUGCACUACGGGCGGGUCAGCCCCCUCAAGUGGCUCACCUCCAUGGCUGUCUCCUUCGUGGAGAGUGUGUUUGUCACCCAGCCCCUGAAGGUGCUGGGGUUCGCUGCUUUCUUUGCGCUGGUGUUGAAGACAGUGGAGGAUGAGGAGGAGCCUGUGGCCCCCCUCCCGGGACGUGUCUCUGGCCCAGACCCCUCUGCCUUGUUCCAAGCACGAAGAAACAGCAGAAGGGACAUCUACCAGAAGCCUCUGGCCUCUGACGUUGAGAAGAUGAAAACCACCCACCUCAAGGAACAGAAAGCACUUGCUGUAAUCAGAGAAAUCUUGGCGCACCUGGGCUCCCUGUGGAUGCCGCUGCUGGUGGCCUACGGGCAGGGGGACCCCAGCGCCUACCACUUCAACAGACACCUUGGGCACAGCUUCACCUGAGGCUUUUCAGCCGUGCUGGACUUUCAGGACUUGCUCACGUGGGCCAACACCACCCUCAUGAGCAACCUGGACAGUCAUCACCCAGGCUUUAUCACCGAUGGGAACUCCAAGCUGGUGGGCAGUGCCCAGAUUCGCCAAGUGAGGGUCCAGGAAAGCUCUUGCGCUCUUGCCCUGCAGCUGCAGGCUUCCCUUGAUGGAUGCCGUGUGCCAUAUUCCCUGGACGUUGAAGACCUGUCAGACUAUGGGGAAGGCUGGAAUGCCUCCGUCCUCAAUAACAGCAAUGACUUUUCCCAGGCUUGGCAGUACCAGAGCCAGAGCCAGCGCCGAGGGUAUCCCAUCUGGGGCUAACUCACUGUGUACCGGGGAGGAGGUUACGCGGUCCCGUUGGGGACUGAUCGCCAAAGUGCAUCAAGAGCCAAUACAGGGAUGGGAAACUUAGUACGACGUAAAGUGUCCGCCACCAGGCAACUGUCGGAGGAAGGAGAGAUCAUCGAUUUGCUACUGAUGAAGAUACUCAGUUUCCUGGGCAUUAAAUGUAAAAGACAGGAGCCUGGAAGCAGCAGUGAGCGGCCUGAGUUGCUGUCAGAGGCCUGGGCCCCUCAACCUGUAUCAGCUGUGCCCCAAAUUUAA